UUUUGAUGCACACCUUUAGCACUGUAUUUCGGAACGAAGGUGCGUAAAGGCUGUUGAAUGUUGUUAUAUGUUUAAGAAACUGUUAUUAUCUGCGCUAGUUCUAGGUUUCACAGUAUAUGAAAAGUAUGUGCAAAUAAACCGUUUUAUAUAACUGCGAAUUUAAAGAAAAGUAUGUAUUUUUAACAAUUGUUUGUUUUUGACCAUGUCGUGCAUAUGUAGCGCCAUGUUUCGGCCUCUCGAAUUCCUAUGUGCUUGGCAUGUGGUACUGGUGUACAUUGCAGCGACCGUGUCUAGUCCGCAAUGUACCGGAAAUCACUGUUUCCCGGGGCAACCGUGUAUGCCGUCAUUUCCGGAACGCCUGGCGUUUGCGCGCGAUUUAGAAGGGCAAGUUGUCUCCCCAUCAGAUCCGAAAUAUCGAGAUCUGAAUGUCGUGUACAAUCCUCGGACGACUGCGUAUCCGUACGCCAUAGUUUUUGUGAAGAAUGUUGAUGACGUCAUCAAAAGUGUAAACUUUGCAAACCGAUACAAGUUGCAAAUAAGCGUGAAGUCGUCUGGCCAGGAUUAUAUCGGGAGAUCUACUAAAGACGGUACGCUGCAAAUAAACCUAUCUCGUCUGCAGGGAAUUGCUUUUAAUCUAACUUCCGGUCGCAAUGAAGCGGGAGAAGUGACGGUGCAAACCGGAACCACAUGGAGAAGGCUGUUCAACGAGACAUUCAAACACGGGCGCGUGUUACCCGGAAGUGCUGCCCAGACGGUGGCGAUCGGAGGUUACACGCUGGGCGGCGGCCAUUCUCCCGUUAGCCGAAAGUUCGGACUGGCCGUUGACAACCUGCUUGAUGUGGAGCUCGUUGCUGCAAACGGAAGUCUCGUCUAUGCAAAUGAAAACUCCACUACCAUCGUAGAUCCAGUUUCCGGUAAGAAAAUGACGUCAUCAAACACGGACAUUUUCUUUGCCGUUCGAGGAGGAGGCGGUGCGUCGUCCGGGAUCGUGACGUCGUUCACGUUUCGACUGCACCUCGACUCAGAAAUCGUGUCAGUAUACUGCAGUGCGCCUUUCUAUGACGAUAAUGGCGGCCAUAUUGGAAAGAGAGUCUUACAACUGUUUGAACGCGUUCUGACGUCACAGCUGGCAUCAGAAUGGGGAGGCUACGUCAUAUUUUCAUCAAGAGCUGCGCCAAAUACUAGCAAUUACGGGUCUAUUAUAUUAGCAUUAAACCACUUUGGUCCUAAGAAUACUUCGUCUUAUCGGACAAUUAAUCCAUUCCUUAGCGUGUACGGUCGAUACUGUUCGAGUCGGAACAUCCCGGCGUUCUCCGACUACGUCAGCGGCAUGACGGACUCUGAAAACCGGAAGAACGUGUUCACAAUGAACACGCUGCUAGACACAAUGACGGACGAUUUCUUGGACUUUGUGUUCGGUCUGCUCCUGGACAGACACAACAUUUCCGGCGAGAUCGUUUGCACGGGAACUUUGAUAGGAGGAAAUAUGCGCAAUGUGGGAGAACACGAAACUUCCGUUAACCCGCGCAUGCGCACAAGUCAUCUGAGCUUCACGUGCGACGUGAAGUGGGACGCCGGGGAGGUGGAGCCGCAGGUUUCCCUCUGCGCAUCUCAGGCUGCGCAUCUCAUCAGGUUCGGGGUCGGCGCAUAUUACAACAAUCCCACGGAGUCCCUUCCAGACUGGCCCCUGCAAUAUUGGGGCACCAACUACGCGCGCCUGCUCGCCAUCAAGCGUCUGUGGGACCCUGGUCAUCUGCUCUCGUGCACGCAGUGCGUUGGGGAGGAGGUCACCGGGUAUACCGGGAGUAGUCCCGGUGUCAACGUUCCUAUUCUGAUCGGAUAAAACACGUCCUGUUAUUUAACUGUAUAUAUACAUGUAUGUACAAUUAAAAAAAUGAAAAUA